GAUGGAAUGAAAAAUGGCGGAGAUACAUUAGUGAAACCAAUCUAAUUAAGCGUAGUUCAAUCAGUGGGCGCUUAUCAAUUUUCAUCGUCAUUUUCCGUACUUUUCUCAGAGAUUCUAAUUGACGAGUUUGUGGUAUAUUCCUUGCAUGUAAUGGAAAAAGGGAUGAGGUUCAACCAUCUUCCUAUCCAAAGAAGAAAUUUUUAAACUGUAACAGGGAGUAUGGUGACCAGCGCUAACAACAGCAAUAGUCUCCCGCAGACAGUGUACAGUAUGAUUGGAUCUAACAGCGUGGGUCCAAUCACGUGGGAUGAUGCCACCUGGAUCCUGACCAGUUCCUUCAUUAUCUUCACCAUGCAGUCAGGGUUCGGCCUCCUAGAAGCUGGCUAUAUUUCCAGCAAGAACGAAGUGAACAUCAUGGUCAAGAACGUGGUGGACGUGGUGUUCGGCGGACUGUCGUACUGGAUGUUUGGGUUCGGCCUAAGUUUUGGAGACGGCGAAUACUCCAACCCGUUCUGUGGAAUCGGCUACUUCUUUGUAGACGCCCCAGAAGAAAUGAUGGGUAUUCUCUUCUCCACGUUUGUCUUUCAAAUGUCCUUUGCCACCACAGCAACCACCAUCGUGUCUGGAGCAAUGGCGGAAAGAACAAAGUUGUCCGCUUAUAUCAUCUUCUCGUUCUUCAACACCUUGAUCUACUGUAUUCCGUCUCACUGGGAAUGGGCCUCCAAUGGGUUUCUACGGACCCUGGGUAUGGUAGACGUGGCGGGGGCAGGAGCCGUGCAUCUUGUGGGUGGGGUCUCAGCCCUGGUGGCGACACUUAUCUUGAAACCGAGGCUGGGACGAUACGACAAUGGAAUUAAACCCCCGCCUCUAGGAAAUCCAGUCAGUGCUUUGAUUGGGAUGUUCAUGCUUUGGUGGGGAUGGCUGGCCUUUAACUGUGGAAGCACUUUCGGAAUAUCGGGUGGAAAAUGGAAAUUGGCCGCAAAGUCUGCAGUGGUCACGCUAAACGGGUCCAUCGGAGGAGGAGCAAUGGGGAUACUGAUUUCAUGCAUUCGCUUCAAAGGAAAAUACGACAUCAGUUAUAUCGUGAACGCUGUGCUUGGAUCUCUGGUCUCCAUCACUGGUGCGUGCGCAGUGAUUCAUCCGUGGGAAGCCCUUAUAGUUGGAGCUAUCGGUGGGGCGCUUGCAAUAUUAUCCUGCCACAUUUUAGACAGACUGAGAAUAGAUGACCCAGUGGGAGCAAGUUCUGUGCAUGGGGCAUGUGGUGUAUGGGGUUUGCUUGCAGUUGGGCUUUUUGCUAGCAAGGACUCCUUAGAGAACACCACAAUGGGAAGAAGCGGUGUCUUCCACGGCGGCGGGUUCUACCUGUUGGGGAUUCAGCUGUUGGCCGUGGUGGUUAUUACAGUCUGGAGUUCUGUUUUAUCCCUCGUUAUCCUUCUGAUCCUGAAAUUUACAGUAGGCUUAAGAUUGAGCGUUGAGAAUGAACUCAUGGGUGCGGAUUAUUCAGAACACAUGAUUGGACAUGACACUAUGGUUACGCAAAUGCUCAAAGAUUACGUCAAUGAAUCCCGAGAAACUCGUCGGGAAACGCCGUUAUCUGUCAUAUCUGGAAAAGCUGGUGAGGAUAACACUAAAAAUAACGAGAAGAACAAUAUGAAGGAACGAAACAGUCGCGUCACCAUUCGUCGGGGAUCGUGUAUUUCCCGACUCUCUUAUCAAAUAUCCAGAAAUCUACUCCUCAAGCAUGAGAAAGUGACCCCUAUAAACAACAAUGAGGGUGGGAUUCCUGGACAAACGGAUGAGAUAAAUUAAGAGAUGUCGGGUCUAAAAGAACCACUUCACGUCUUUUCACAACCAUGUCUAUGAUACAGUGCACAAUUAAGGUGGAAUAACACAUCAUCACAAAAUGGCUGACUGCUGAUCAAAAAUCGACAUUUCGUUUUAUUAAAAGGAUUUUAUGGACUGAAACAUGUAACUUACUCCACCAGGACUUACUCCAUAGCCGAGUGGAUAAAGUGUCGGACUUGUGGUCCGUACAUCCCGAGUUCAAAUCCCGCAGGGGCUUUUGUUGUUACUUACUGGAAUAAUUAUUUAGAUAUCUAUUUUUUAUCCCCAAACUGCAAAUUUUUCGCUUAUUUGACAUUUGUAUAGUUUAUUUAUCAUUAUAUCUUUCAUUACCAAAUAAUUUCCUGUUAAUUUGAGUGACUUUUUUCAGGUGUGUUAUUCCACCUUAACAAAAGAUCAUUAACUCAUUCAAUUGUUUAAUCUACCCAUAUCAAAAAUUAUGGUUUAUAGAUCACAUGAUCUGAAGACUCACGUACUGUAAACCAAUUUUUAUUCGCGUGCGAGAAAUAUUCGCAAAGUUCACAAGAACCUCUUCGUCGCGAAUAUUUCUCGCUGCAAUCUAGUUUUUGCUUUAAAGGUGUUCUAUCAAAACGAGUAUGAAUAAAAUUAAUGGUCGCAAAAAAGUCUAGUUUAUUACCGCUUAAUCGCGAAAUCAAGUCGUCGCGACUAAAAUUUGGUUUACAGUAAACCUUUCUGUUGGUCAGAGAUAAGCACACGUCUGUCGGUGUCGUUGUCUUUUAAAAAAAAUAUAUUUACAUAUCCACAAGGGCAAUUCUAACAAAGUUUGGCAUAAAGCAUCCUUAGGUAAAGGGCUUUAAAAUUUGCUCCGUUAAAUGGUUGCCCCUUUUCAUUCGGAGAUGAUGAAUAAAAUUCAGAAUAACCGGGUUCUAAAACAGAUACCAGGUGGGGGGGGGGGGUGGCAGAGGUGUAACUUUGUAAAAUAAAUUGCAAUCCUAGAAGUUGUGGUGAAGCUAUCUAGCUAUUUGGAUUAAAGUUGAAAAUUGUUGCUCUGGUGAGCAGUGUGGCCUAUGGGCUUUCUGUAUUCGUUUUAUGUUUCAUACAGUGCAUAUUCACACAUUGUUUGUAACUGCAUCCUUUUGCCAAAUUUCUAUUUUAUGUAGUACCAGUAACUUAGAGGCUCUUUGGAAACUUUCGGUUAAAACUUCCACAAGUUUUUUUUUCUGGAACUGCACUAUUUCAUGUAAAUAAAAUUUAACUCAAUAAAUUUCCUUCACUUUUCAGCAUAAAUGAUGUUAACAUUAUACUUCUAUCUUGCUGUGAAGAACAAAGUUUUGUAAAAUUUACACGAUUCUCAUGUAAUUGAUAUAGUUGCUCUUCCUUCACCUUCCAUUCAGAUCCUUCUUGUACAUAUGAUGUUGCAGGCUAAAGAGUUUAUAUUCUAUAUGUUAUGUUUAAUAAAUUGUUUAC